AUGGUGCUGAGACGAAGUGACGGUAGCGUCAUCUUUGCAGCGUGUCGGUGUAUUUUCAACUGCAAUGACGCCCUAGAAGAUGAACUACAUGCUCGAAUGCAAGGGAUGGCACUUGCUAUUGAGCACGGUGAGACCGAUUCGUCAGAAGCUUUCAUGGCAUUGAGAGGGGACAAUCUUCGGUAUUCUGCUUAUGGACAUUUGGUGGCUGAGAUUCAGCGGCACAUGGGUGUAAGAGAGUUUAUUCCAUCGAAAAUUAAGCGUGAACAAAACAGGGUAGCAGAUCGAUUGGCUUUGUAUAGUCGUAGGGAGAGUACUACUGCUGUAUGGCUAGGUAGAGGUCCACCUUGCGUGGAGGAACUAUUGCCUCUUGAUUGUAACCUUGUGAUUCUGGAAUAA